CACAUCUACAUAAAUAAAUCAAUUAAAUCUUACUUUUUGAGGAACAUACAGAUCGGAGAAUUUGAAAAUGGUGAGUUUGAAGGGAUGCAUUGUGGCAUUGUCGGUAGUGUAUCUCAGCUUGUCGGCACUUGUGAAUGCCGCCGAGGCUGCUGCCGGUGCCGGCGGCAACAGCUACUGCGCCACGGCCGCUGACGAAGCGAUGUGCGAGAAUGUGACGAAGACUGCCACAAAUUGGAACCAGGCAAUGACUAUGGGGUUAAUGGAGGCGAUGAAAUACUCGGAUUCAAUCAUCCUUAAAAGUAAAACGGUGCCUUUGGGAAAAUCCAAGUGCGGUGAGACCUACGAUGACAUCCAUGCCAGAUUGAAGGAGAGCAUGGAUUUGGUCAAGAAAGGGGACGCUAAUGAUGAAAUAAACUUCAAACUCUCGGCCGCGGUAACAGGUCUUGAAGACUGUGAAAUUGCAUUUGAAGUUUUGAAAGAAGAAAAUACUCCUUUCUAUGAAUCCCAUCGCCAUUUCAGUCACAUCCUCGAUGUUUGCUUGGCAAUUGAUAAAUCCAAGCAUGAAAAGUAGUGAAAGUCUGAACUCUGAAGCACAAAGAGAAGAGCACAAAGAGAGAUAAAGGGCAGAAAACAAGAGGCUGGUGGCAAUAUGCACUUCCUCCAUUUUUUACAUUUAUGGUAUGAACCUCCUUCAUUUUUCAUUUUUAAUAUUUAUGCAGUAUAGAAACACUUCUUCGAUGGGAGGAAUGGGAGAGGCAAAGCUUAGUAUGGACACACUGUUAGAAACACUUUUUGGAAGGGAUUCAACAGCACAUGAAGCAACAUGUAAUCUUGCAUUACCAAGGGUUGUGUCUAUGCCAUUGACA